AUGUCAGGCUACCCUCACCAACCAGCUGGCUAUGGCUACGGCCCACCGCCAUCUCAACAAACCCAACCCUACGGCUCUGCCCCACCAUACUCCUCCCCUUAUGGCGCACCACAACAGCCUUCAGCUCCAUACGGCACCGCACCACAAGCCGCUGCUCCAUACGGAGCCGCACAACCUGCCGCUCCUUACGGCUCCCCCUACGGCGCUCCCGCUCCUGGCACCAAGCCACCAAAGGACAAACCCCAUGCCUCCGCACCCUCUGUACCUGGCGGCUACCCUCCUGCUCCCUACGGCAGCCCCUUUUCCGCUCUCUUGCCCUCCACCUUCCCUCCCGGAACCGACCCCAGCAUCAUUGCCUGCUUUCAACUCGCCGAUCAGGACGGUAGCGGGCUAAUUGAUGAUAAUGAACUGCAAAGAGCCUUAUCGAGCUAUAAUCAGAGCUUUAGCUUGAGGACGGUUCGCCUUCUCAUGUAUCUCUUCACGAACACCAACACCAGGAAGAUCGCGGAAUGUUACUGCAUUUUUCUAAUGGCCCAAGGAAUUCAGUCAGCUGUUCUACAGUUUGCAGAACUGGAGGGUAAGCUUUUGGAGAUUUUGAAUUGGAAGGCAAUCUUUGAGAGGUUUGAUAGGGACAGGAGUGGGAAGAUUGAUUGUAAUGAGUUGAGAGAGGCGCUUCUGAGUUUAGGAUUUUCUGUCUCACCAGUCGUUUUGGAUUUGCUGGUAUCCAAGUUUGACAAAACGGGAGGGAAGAACAAGGCCAUCGAAUAUGACAAUUUCAUCGAGUGCUGUUUGACUGUCAAGGGACUGACUGAGAAAUUCAAAGAGAGGGAUACUGGGUACUCAGGUUCAGCAAGUUUCACUUAUGAAAAUUUCAUGCUUACUGUCCUUCCAUUCCUCAUUGCUUAG